AUGCCUCUGGUCCGGAACCCGAUUCUGCCGGGGUUCAACCCGGACCCGUCGAUCCUUCGGGUCGGCCAUGACUAUUACAUUGCUACGUCUACGUUUGAAUGGUACCCCGGGGUCCAGAUCCACCAUUCCCGAGACCUGGCGAACUGGGAGCUGGUCACACGCCCGCUGAGCCGCAAGAGCCAGCUGGACAUGCGCGGCGAUCCGGACAGCUGCGGCGUCUGGGCCCCGUGUCUGACGCACGAUGGCGACCGCUUCUGGCUGGUCUACACCGACGUUAAGCGUAAGGACGGCUCCUUCAAGGACACGCCCAACUACAUCAUCAGCUCGCCGUCGAUAGAGGGCCCGUGGUCCGACCCUGUGUACGCCAACUCGUCGGGCUUCGACCCGUCACUGUUCCACGAUGACGACGGCAAGAAGUGGUUCGUCAACAUGUUGCAGGACCACCGCCGCCGACCGCGCGCCUUUGCCGGUAUCGUGUUGCAGGAGUUUGACGCGUCUGCUGGUAAGCUCGUCGGUCCGAGGAAGAACAUAUUCCGCGGCACCGAGCUGAACCUCGUCGAGGGCCCGCACCUGUACAAGCGCAACGGGUGGUACUAUCUGCUGACGGCCGAGGGCGGCACCGCCUACGACCACGCCUGCACCCUGGCGCGCAGUCGCGACAUAUGGGGGCCAUACGAGCUGCACCCGCAGAAGUACAUCUUGACCUCCAAAGAUGCCCCGUUUGCCGCGUUGCAAAGAGCUGGCCACGGCGAUGCGGUCGAUACCCCCGACGGCAAGACGUACUUGGUGCACCUGACUGGCCGUCCCACGACACAGGAGCGCCGCUGCGUGCUCGGUCGCGAGACUGCGAUACAGGAGGCCUUCUGGCAGGACGAUUGGCUGUUCGUGAAAGAUGGGCCGGUGCCCUCCCUGUUCGUCGAGGUGCCGGGCACUCGAGACGACAGUGUCUACUGGGCCGAGCGGCGGUACACCUUCGACCAAGAGCUGCACAAGGACUUCCAGUGGCUCAGGACACCCGAGCCCGAGCGGAUAUUCACCGUCGAGGGCGGCAAGCUCACGCUAUUCGGGCGCGAGUCUAUAGGCUCCUGGUUCGAGCAGGCCCUGGUCGCCAGGCGGCAGACGCACUUUUCGUACGACGCCGAAACCCUCAUCGACUUCUCUCCCGAGGACGAGAGACAAUUUGCCGGGCUCACGGCGUAUUACAGCCGGUACAACUUCUUCUAUCUCACCGUGACCGCCCACUCGGACCGGCAGCGGGAGCUGCUCAUCAUGACGUCGGAAUCGUCGUGGCCCGAGGGCAGGCUCGGGAUGCCGUUCGCCGAGCCAGUCCAAAUCCCGAAUGAUGGAAAGGUCAAGCUUGCGCUGACGAUCCGCGGCCGGCAGCUGCAGUUCCUCUACGCACUGGAGGGCCGUGAGCUCGAGAAUAUUGGGCCGAUAUUCGACGCUUCGAUUGUCUCGGACGAAUGCGGUGGACAUCAAGCACACGGAAGCUUCACGGGGGCGUUUGUGGGGAUGGCGUGCUCCGACCUGAACGGAACUGUGCUGCCAGCUCGCUUCGACUGCUUCCUCUACCGUCCUGUACAGCACGGGACGGAUCGAUACGAGAUCUGA